GGUGAUGUUAUACCAACAGUCAGCGGCGGGUCUGCUGUCAUUUUCAACGAUGUAGAGAUGCUGAAACAGGAUUCCCCAGGGUCUCGCAAACGCCGGAGCCCAACCACACCCAGAUACGACCCAGAGCUGCAGUGGACAGAUACAGAAGAACGGUGUUCGGUGGCCUUGGAAGGACACAGUCGGAA